AUUUAACUUUAAAUAAACCCUCAAUGUUUUGUUUUCCUGUGCAUCACCGUCGUUUUCAUUUGCUUGCUCUGCCGCCGGCCACCGCAGUCUUUUUCAACCUAUACACAAAAUUUGAAUCCGACAAUGUUGUUUAAGGUUAUACAGAGCUCAAAUAAAAGACCCAAUCUGGCUUUAUUGUCAUCUGUGAGAAAAUGUUUUUGUAGUUGUAAUCAAGCUGCAGUUGAUUUAGCUUCCAAAGAUGGCGAAAUGCGGGUAUUUUUAGUUGCAGGUGAAGUAUCCGGUGACGUUAUCGGUUCUCGUCUGAUAUCUGCAUUGAAGAAGCUUUCUCCGUACCCGAUUCGUGUUGCUGGAGUUGGAGGGUCAAUGAUGGAAAAGCAUGGAUUAAAAUCCAUUUUUCCCAUUGAAGAUAUUGCAGUUAUGGGGAUUGGGGAGUUGUUGCCGCAUCUAUAUAAGUUUCAAGUCAGACUGAAGGAAACCUGUGAGGCCGCAAUUUCAUUCCGUCCUCAUGUUGUAGUGACAAUUGAUUCCAAAGGCUUUUCUUUUCGUCUCCUAAAUAAGUUAAAGGCUAGAUAUGGCCAACAAGAAUCUAUCGCUCCUUUGCACUUCCAUUAUGUUGCACCAUCUUUCUGGGCCUGGAAAGGGGGUGAAGCUAGACUUAAGGGACUUUCUGAGAUUGUCGAUCAUGUGUUAUGCAUUUUGCCAUUUGAGGAGGAAGCUUGCAAAUCUUAUGGAUUAAAUGCUACGUUUGUGGGUCAUCCCGUUUUAGAAGAUAUUCUUGAGCUGAAUAUGGGAAAGAAUACCAAAGAACAGGGAUGGAAGGCACAAGGAAAUGCUGAUGUAUUUCGGAAUAAAUAUGGAGUUUCUUCAGGGUCGACAAUGCUUACCUUGCUUCCUGGGAGCAGAUUACAGGAAGUGAGACGUAUGCUUCCAAUUUACUCUAAAACAAUGAAUCUUGUAAAAAGCUCUGUUAAAGACAUGACAACAGUAAUCCAUGUGGCACCUAAUAAAUACGUAGAAGACUACAUCACAAGAGCAGUCAAUGAGUGGCCUACACCUGUAGUUCUGGUUCCAGGAGGAUCAUCACGCACCAAGUAUGAUGCAUUUAGUGCGAGCACCGCGGCGUUAUGCACAUCAGGGACAGUAGCAAUGGAGUUGCAGCUUGCACGAUUACCGUGUGUUGUUGCUUACCGAGCGCAUUUCCUGACGGAAUGGGCAAUACGUUAUAAAGCUAAAAUACCUUACAUGUCCCUCCCGAAUAUCCUUCUGGAUUCACCCGUGAUUCCUGAAGCUCUGUUUCGUGAAUGCACUCCGACGAGACUUGCAUCGUUGCUCAUGGAACUAAUGAAUAAUGAAGAAGUUCGGGAAGAACAACUAAUUGCAGCUGAGAAAGUUAUGAAACUAUUAUCUCCUCCACCACUACAUAUCAUUGAUCCCAACUGGGAUUGCAAUAUAUCGAGUUUUGACAACACUCCGAGUUUAAUAGCAGCUUGGACUGUGUUAUACCAUCAAAGGCUGAGGGUUUAACUUUACAGGAAUGUUUCCCUUUAUUUAUAAGUUUUGUUUAGUUAUAUGUUUGUCAUGUAAAUGGUUCUGUUUUUGUUAGAUAGUGAAAGAUUGAUUGUUUAGAAUACUUUAGAUUCACUCAAAUCACAUGUCAAUGACAUGUUAUCUAUUUUUAGUCACAUGAUUUAGUUGGUCUCAGAGUUUAUGAACAAAACCAAAAAGUUUUUUC